CACAGCCAAUUUAUUGAAACAAUUUGUGUAAAUUGUAAAUAAAAAGUGGUCUGCCAGAUUUUAAGCACAUCAACGAAAACCAUGAGCAACAGCGAGGACUCACAACAGUAUAUGGAUUUAAUUGUUAAAGAGGAGGAGGAAAUGUCGGGAGAUGAAUCGGAUAAACAGGAUGGCCAUGGCAGUAUGCUGCGCGAACAGGAUCGCUUUCUACCCAUAUGCAACAUCAUAAAAAUUAUGAAGGUGCCUGUGCCACAGAACGGCAAGAUUGCCAAGGACGCGCGCGAAUGCAUACAGGAGUGCGUGUCGGAGUUCAUAUCCUUUAUCAGCAGCGAGGCGAUUGAACGCAGUGUGGCGGAGAACCGCAAAACAGUUAACGGAGAUGAUCUGCUUGUCGCCUUUUCCAACUUGGGCUUCGACAACUACGUGGAACCUUUGUCCAUUUAUUUGCAAAAAUACCGCGAAUCAAACAAAUCGGAUCGAAAUUUAUUUAUGGACUCUAAUUACGCACAGAACGAGGAUGGCGCUACAAAUGAGGCAAUGAAAUAGUUAUUUAUAGGCGGGCAUUUAAGUUUAAUGUGGGGAACAA